AUGGAGAACUAUUUUAGAAUAUGCAUCGUAAUACUAGGAAUGAUGGAAGUUAUACGAGCAAAUGAGAUAAACCCUUUUAUUUCAAUAACAAGCUUAAAUAAAAAUACGGGACUAUUUUAUGAACUUAUGCCGAAUCUACAACGAAUAUCAGGAACAUGGAGAACCAUAAUCCUAUUGGACACAGACACAUUUAAAAAACAUUUACCUGAUUUGGAAAUAGAAUAUAAAAAGAUAGAAACAGAAUGUCAAAAAAUAAUGAAAAUGAGUUGUGAAGAAUUUUUAGAAUAUCAGAUGUUAAAUAAAGAAAUUACAGUAGCCAAGUUACUCCGAGAGCAAUUAUUAAAUCUCAUAAACGAAUUAAAACAGCAACCAACAACAGAACAGACAAUUAGAUUUCAAAGUAGAAAGAAACGAAACACUCCAUUAGUAGGUUUCAUAGGAAAAAUUGCAGGACCAACCAUAGGAAUAUUAACUUAUGACGAUGGGGAAAGAUACGAACAACUCUUCACAGAAUUAAACGAGGCACAGAAAAACAUAUCACAUCUAGUAGGAGAACAAACUCAUUUAGUACGAGCAGAUUUACAAAAUUUAUAUGAUUUAGCACAACAACAACAUAACAAAUCAGAAGAAGAAAGAAAAAGACUCUAUAAACUCGAAGAAGAAAUACUUGAUGUAAAAUCUAAAUUAACCACCACAGAUUUCAUGCUACAGUUACAAAAAACAUCAAAACAAUGGAAUGAACAAAUAGAAACUUAUAAGCACGGAUUAGAAGAAACUUUAAACGUUAUAUUCAAAGCUAUAGAAGGAAAAUUACAUCCAAAAUUAUUAAACAACGAACAGAUAAAAACAAUAGCAACCGAAGCACAUAAAUUUUUAGAAAACCAGGAAUAUCCCAUGCAUAUAGACAACUUAAAUGUAGCAACAAUUACAGAGAUAUCAAAAAUAGGAAUACAAGCAAAAGAAGAAAAUUUAUUCAUAACACUAGAUAUCCCUCUCUUAGAGAAAGAAAAAUAUUUACUAUAUAAGAUGCAUGAAUUGCCAGUACUACAAUCUAUAGGAACAAAAGGGAACAGAGCGUAUAUUACACCUCACUCCAAGUACUUAGCCACCAGUGUAGAGGGAAGACAUUACUUUUAUUUAGAAGAAGAACAACUGAGAACGUGCCAAUUAGUAGAAGGAAGAUAUGUAUGUUACCCAACACAAGGAAUUUAUGACAUUAUUUUGGCACCAAGUUGUGAAUCAGAACUACUAAGGGAACCUAAUAAUAACACUUUAAGAAGUUGUGACAUCCGAAUCACAAACAAUCAACAACCACUGUGGGAACCUUUAAUAACAACAGGAAAUUGGUUAUAUUCACUAACUAAAGAAGAAACUGCAUAUUUAAUAUGCCCCAAAACGAAGGUCAAUACUUUUCAACUGAAUGGAAUAGGAAUUAUUAAAUUAUCACCGAAAUGCACCUUAAAAACGGACACGAUAAGAUUACCUACACUGCAAAUAAUAAACAAUCCUCAAGAAUAUAUUUAUGCACCAAAAAUAGAAUUAAAACUAGAAGAAAUUUCACCAAUCCUAAAAACACUGAAUCCUAAAAAAGAGACAACAACAUCAAACGAAGUGCGACCAAUUUGGAGAAAAAUGGAAACUGACGAGAAAUUACAAGAAAUAGAGAAAGGACUAGAAAUUCAAAGUAUACAUACACUAGGGAAAAAAGAGCAAUAUCAAUACACCAACUCUAUAAUAGGAACUUUAUCAACAGUAAUAAUAAUAAUCAUAAUCUAUUUGACCAUAAAACAUUGCAUAAAAAGCCAUAUAAAACCUCUAUGCUGCAUAAGAAGAAGAAGAAGAAGCAACGAGACAGAGACGCAACAAAUGUACGCAAUACCGUCCAGCCCCUUACAACAAAGACCCAACAACCAAAAUACUACCAAUUUUAUAACAAACCAAAAAACAUGCCUAUCCCCUCCAACCAUUGAACAAGAAAUCCUACAACGAAACGAACGACAAGAAGAUAACCAACCCACAACCAGCAGCACUGUACGAAAAGAAAAAACGAUACGAGAAAACCCUAUCUCCAAAUUACAAUAUACAGAAACACCCAAAAUUAAAUACGUAGACAUAGCCUAA